AUGGAGGCAGUUGACUACGGCAAGGACGCCUGUGCGGCUACGGUUCUCAGCGUCUUCCCAGACAUAUGCCUUCAGUACCUGGAGGAGACAGCUGCCAAGGCCAACCAUAACGCCGACCAAACCAUCGAUACCAUUCUGGGUUCCACCGAGAAAGGCGGAUCGUACCCCAAAGCAUCCCGCCAGAAAAGUCUUAAGCGGAAGCGUGAAGUGUCGACUGAAGAUGAUGAGAAGGAAAAUAUCCUCCGCCUCUAUGCUAACCCUGAUCGAGAGCGGGAAUCGAUCAAGCAAUACAUCGACCGUUCGGAGGAGAUUUUGAAGCAUGAUUUCCCUCAAGUUCUCCAGAAGUGCCUCAUGAAGAUCUUUUACGACAAUGCUUGCAAACUGCUGCCUACGUACCUUACCGUAGAUAAAGCCGUCGAGGAUCUGAAGAACGGUGUGCGAGAAGGUCUCCCUCCCAGCUUUGCGCUCAAAAAAAGACCAACUCCACCAUCGGAUCGUAUAUUCGAGGGCGAGAAAUUGGAUCAACUCCUCGGAUCGGCGACUCAUGCCGAAAAGAGAGUUCUGGAAGAACUGGUGGCCGCCCGUCGAGUGCUGAGUCUUACCCGUACCAAGCUCGAAGCAGCUAGACUCAAGGCUGCCAGAGAAGCUGCCAACUUUGCGUCGGCAAAGGCGAUUGGCAAUGUCUCGGACUGUGGCUGCUGUUAUGGCGAGUUCGCUCUCGAUCGUAUGACUAUUGCUGACCCUUUCAAGUUCUUCUGUGUCGAAUGUGCACGCCGUAACGCUGAAACGGUGGUUGGCCUCUCAAAGUAUGAGAUUACUUGCAUGUCCACGGAUGGAUGCGAUGCUGGAUUCGCUCACAAAGAACGCGCUAAGUUCAUCAAUGGUCAACUCAAUCAAGCCCUGGAUCGCAUCGAAUCCGAAGCCAAUCUCCGCAUGGCUGGCAUUGACGGCCUGGAGACCUGUCCUUUCUGCCCUUAUGCCGCCGAGUAUCCACCGGUCGAUAUCAACAAGGAGUUCAAGUGUGAGAACCCGGAUUGUCAGGUGGUUAGCUGCCGGCUUUGCAGAGAAGAGACCCAUAUCCCCAGAACCUGUGAAGAGGCUGCUGGAGACAGCACAGAAGGUGCUCGGCGUCAAAUUGAGGAGGCCAUGUCCACUGCGAUCAUCCGUGGCAUGGCUUUUGUCAAAGAAUCAGGGUGCAACAAGAUGACUUGUACAAAGCGUGGAUGUAGGAACGUCCAGUGUUACGUUUGUUCCAAGUCGUGCGACUAUGCCCACUUUGACGACCAGGCAAGAGGUGGGCAGAAGGGCAAUUGUCCCCUCUUUGACGACGUCAACACACGCCACAAUGAGGAAGUGCAACAGGCCGAGGCAAAAGCCCGUCAGGACAUUCUCGAGCGACACCCCUCGAUGAAGGCAAAGGAAGACCUACUCAAGGUCAACUCGGGAGAACCGGCAUCGACGGUCUCCAAAAACCCCCCAGAACUGCGAGCUGCCUGCAGGCAACACCUCCCACCGCAAAAUCAAGCCCAGAAUGUCCAACCCGGAAUGAAUCCAAUUGUUGGCAUGCCUCUCGCCAAUGCGGUUGGGCCUUUUCAACCUCAGCCGAUGCCACAGCCGCAGGCUCAUGCGAUCGUUCCGCCGGCAGGUACGCCUGCUGGAGUCGCGAAUCAGCAGUUGCAAAGGGGUCCGGUACAGGUUCAAUACCCGCAGGGCCAUAACCCCUACUUGAUGCUCGAUCAGCAACAUCGCCCAACAAUCGGUGUCGCUUUCCCAAAUGCGCAACAUCCCGGAUUCCCCUACUUGGGACAAGUGCAGGUACCGCCGGCGGCGGCUCACCAGCCUGUAAGUCAGCCAGUGGUGAUGUACAACCCUAACCCGCCCCACGUGCCCUUCCGGCCUGUAGCUCAAGCAAUGCCGAUGGUCGCGCGUCACCCGCCUAUGAUCGCUCCUCAGUCUGUGAAUCAAGGAAUGCCGGUUAUCGCGUCACCCGACCAGGGCAGACUCAAUGAUCCUAACUACUUGGGGUUUGAAGAGGCAUGGGGCCCAGAGUACGGAGAACCUAGAGAGUUGAAGAGGCAGAAGUUACGCAAUAAGGGUGCGCAGCGGCCUCCCGACAUCCGUGCGAGACAGAACAUUGAUGAGAAGGCCAGGGAGCAACAGGCACCGCAACAGGCCGAGAAUCCGCCCCGGCAAUUUUCGAUUCUGCUGGAACACGAAGCCAUGUGGCCGAGCCUGUUUGUUCCCGAAGGUCAACCGCAACGAGCUGAAGAGCCCGUGCAGCAGGCCAUGGCCGAUUUGACUGCAGCUCAAUUGGUAGCCGGUCCCAAUGGCGGACUCGCACAAUAUGUGGCCAGCGUAACGAACCGAGACAGACCCCAAGCUCAGAAUCCGGCGCCCGUGAGUCGAGCAGCCCAACGGGCUAUAGACGCAGGUCACGCACUUCGACGACACCUUGCCCUUCAGCGUGGCGGGGCGAAUGGUAUUCCCGGAGGAAGCAGAGAUCAUCCUAUCAAGAUGGACUGA